CCAACCACACCCACCAACCCCUUCUUGAAAGCCAGCAGGAAGAGUUUGAUCAAGCAGCAAAAUUAAGUAAGCAUAUGGAGUUAGAAUUGGGACCAAAGGUAGCCCAAGCCGCUUUUGAAGGAGAAGGUGGAUCUUACCAUAGCUGGUUGAGUGCUGAAUUCCCCAUUCUUCGCCAGGCCAAGCUUGGCGGUGGGAAGCUUGUUCUAAACCCCCUUGGUCUAGCAUUACCUCCCUAUGCUGAUUCCUCAAAGAUUGGCUAUGUAAUUCAAGGAAAGGGAAGAUUUGGGAUUGUAUUAGCAAAUGCUUCAGAAGAGAAGGUUGUGGAGAUUGGGAAAGGAGACAGCAUACCUUUACCAUUAGGUACCAUCACAUGGUGGUUCAAUGAUGAUGAGACUGAUCAAUUAAUUAUUGUAUUCUUAGGUGACACUUCAAAGGCUCACAUUCCAGGUGAUUUCACAUAUUUCUUCUUAGCAGGAGAUAAUAGUAUUUUUAAGGGUUUCUCAACAGAUUUUGUUAGUAGAGCUUUUGAUUUGGAUGAAGAGGAAGCAAAUAAGAUUGUGAAAAGCCAACCAGGUGUUCUAAUUAUCAACCUUAAAGAAGGAAAAAAAGACAUGCCUCAACCUUGUAAGGCUCACAGGGAAGAGAUUAUCUUUAACAUAGAAACUGCAUUACCUGAUGUCGACAUUAAGAAUGGCGGCCGCGAAAUCGGUCUAUUUAGGGGGAAAUUUCCUUUCUUAGGGGAAGUUAAUUUCAGUGCAAAGCAUGUAAGGCUCAAUGGUAAUGCAAUGUGUGCACCAGAAUACUCUUCAGAUUCAGCUGUUCAAGUGAUCUACAUUGUGAAAGGCAGUGGAAGUGUACAGGUUGUUGGUAUUGAGGGUGAACGCGUUUUGGACACAAUGGUUAAGGCUGGUGACUUGUUUGUAGUCCCAAGUUUCUUUGUGGUUUCUAAAAUUGCAGGGGAUGAAGGAAUGGAGUGUUUCUCCAUUAUUACCACAACAGAGCCUGUCUUCAGUUAUUUGGCUGGGAAGACAUCAGUGUGGAAAGCUUUAUCUCCAAAAGUUCUUCAAGUUUCUCUGAAUCUGAUUCCAAGAGCAGUUGAAGUUUUCACUUCAAAGAUGAGCGAGAAUGCCAUUUUCAUUCCCGCACCAAGGUCGUAGAUUUUCAACUAGAGAGAGAG